AAUAAUGGACCACUUUUGGGGUUUCAAAGAAUGAUGUACCAAUUUUGUCCAUGACAUGAUAAUAGUGUACCAUUUAUGUUUUUUUCCAUAAACCCACCAUCUCCCUCCCUUCUGUUGGGAACAUGUGGAACUCUAGAUUGGACUAUUGUUGAUAGAUUGUUGUAUAAUAAUGUGUGCAGGGAAGCAGAAAUGAGGGAGGUGAGUGAGAAAACCAAUGCAAGAGUGGCUUGGUUUAGUAUAAUGUCCCUUGGCAUCUGUGUAUUCGUCUCGGCCACGCAACUAUGGUAUUUGAGGCACUAUUUUCAAAAGAAAAAGCUCAUCUAGAAGACCAGAAUUCGAGCUUGUGUCGUCAUCCCUCCAAAAGUCCCAAACACCACUUCUCACUUUUUCAAGACUUACCGGGAUCAAAUUACUCGUUUGAGCUUAACAUGAUCUAAAAUUCAAGUUUCCAUAUUUGUAUCAUAUUCAAACGUUUUCGUUACAGACAAUGAACGCAUAUGUGAUAGGCCAAGAUUUUAACCUCGUUACAUGUCAUCUUUAAUAUGCUUUAGAAGUCUAACUUUUUUCUUUCGAAGUCCUUCCUAAUUACAAGAAAUUCUCGUCUCAAAU